AUGAGCCGCACACUAUUUCAAAAUUUCUGUCAACUUCUUGUUGCGGAAGGAGGGCUGAAACCAACUAGGAAUGUGGAUAUAGACGAGAUGGUUUACACCUUUCUACGAACCAUUUCACAGAAUGAGAAAAAUAGGACUUUAAGACUUAACUUGCGACGUUCUGGAGAGACCAUAUCUCGGUCAAUUCAUCGCGUAUUGAAAGCUGUUCUUAGACUAAACAACAUGCUGAUGAAGAAGCCGAUGCCCAUUCCUGAUAAUUGUACCAACAGUAGAUGGAAACAUUUUAAGAAAUGUCUUGGAGCUUUAGAUGGGACUCAUAUUGAUGUCCGACCAUUGAAAGAGCAUCGGACUAGAUAUCGAGAUAGAAAGGGUCAUCUUUCCAUUAAUGUGUUGGGUGUUUGCACACCCAACCUUGAAUUCAUUUAUUGUUUGUUUGGAUGGGAGGGUUCUGCCCAUGAUGGGAGGGUGCUACGCGAUGCCCUUAGUAGACAAAAUGGUCUUACUGUUCCAGCGGGAUAUUAUUAUCUAUGUGAUGCUGGGUAUGCAAGUAGCCCUGGAUUUUUAACCCCAUAUCGUGGGCAACGUUAUCAUCUCAAAGAAUGGGGGGGCAAAUCGUCCUGA